AUGAUUGCCACGCUCGGCAGAGCGCUGUUUGGCUUGGACAUUAGCUCCAUGUCGGCCAUCGUGGUGACCAAGCAGUGCCUCGAAUUCUUCGACAACCUGUCGGGGGUGUUCCAGGGGGCCAUUGGGUCUGCGCUGGCGGCGGGGUCCGUGAACUACGGGCAGCUGAUCGCGGGGCGCGUGCUCAACAGCUUCACCGUCGGCGUCCCGUCGUCGCAGGCCGGUGGCAACAUCGACGACCCGCUAGUCGCGGCCGAGUGGGAGGAGAUCGUCACGGUGCUGCGCGCCGAGCGCGAGGCUGGCCGCGGGUGGCGCAAGUUUUUCAAAAACGGUAUGUGGCGGCGCACCAUGGCCGGCAUGCCGCAACUCUCCGGCGCAAACGUCAUCGUAUACUACCUCACGUACAUUGCGCAGAUGGCGGGCCUGACGGGCGAUGUGGCCCUGACGUGCGGCAAGACGCUCGAGGAGACCGAGGUGCUCUUCUCCAACGAAGGCCCCAAGCCGUGGACCACCAAGGACGAGCCGCGCCUUGCGGCCAGGAUCAAGGAGGUCGUCGCGAGGAAGAUGGGCCACGAGGAGCACGAAUUAAGCGAGAUACAGAUCGUGCCGGAGACAGAAAAGGUCUGA